AUGAGCCUAAAAGAGGUCCUAAGGAAAUUAGAAGUUGACGGGGAGGGUGGACCUAUACCAGAUCGAUGGAUCAACAAUGAUAUUAAGCCCAUCGAGAAGGAUCGCCGAACAUGGGGUUUUUGGACUUUCCACAACUACUGGGUUCUGGUCAAUUCGAACAUCUCGACCUUCAUGACGGGUAGCUCCCUGGUUGCGAUGGGAAUGACAUGGUGGGAAUCGAUUAUUGCCAUUGUCAUAGGCAACCUGAUUGCCACUAUACUAGUUGUACUCAACUCCGUUCCUGGAGCUUACUAUAAUUUGGGAUUCCCCGUUGUGAAUCGAUAUGUGUGGGGCAUGUAUGGAAGCCAAUUCGUUAUUUGGAAUCGAAUUUUAUUAUCAAUCGUGUGGUAUGGUUUUCAAGCCUGGGUCGGCGGCGAGUGCGUAUACGUCUGUCUACAAGCCAUAUGGCCAAAUCUUGAAGAGCGCAUCCCAAACCAUCUUGCCGCAUCAACUGGAACAACAACUGCAGAAUUUGCCUCUUAUAUCAUCUUCAUGGUGAUUUCCCUACCAUUUAUCUGGAUCCGUCCAUUCAAACUAAAGUAUCUCUUCUACGGUUCCUCAGCAACCAUUCUAAUCUUUGAAAUUGUACUAUUAAUCUGGUCUCUUGCCACAAUGGGCCCAGAUGGCUUCGGCUCAACAAUGAAAGCCAGCUCUACUUAUUCAGGCUGGAACAUUGCCUUUGGAAUCAUUAGCACUAUCGGUUCAAUCGCAGCUGGAAUUCUUAACCAGAAUGACUAUGCUCGAUUUGCUCGCCAGCCCCGUGAUGCUGUCUGGAGUCAGAUUAUCAGUUUCCCCAUAUAUGCUAUUAUUUGCUCUGUGAUCGGCAUUUUGGUUACUGCUGCUACACAGAAACGAUAUGAUGAGGCUAUUUGGAAUCUACCAAAUCUACUUAGUGCCGUGAUUGAGAAUGGAGGGUCUCGGUCUCGGGCUGCUGCCUUCUUUGGUGCGGCUGCUCUAGUCAUCUCUCAGAUUGGAGUGAAUGUGCCUGGAAAUGCACUGGCUGGAGGCUUUGAUCUGGCUGCAACAUUCCCGCGGUUUAUCAACAUCCGUCGUGGUGCCUACAUUACAGUUCUGAUUUCCAUCGCUUGCAACCCAUGGAAGCUGGUCAACACUUCCACCGUCUUCCUCUCAGUACUCAGCAGCUACUCAGUCUUCCUGGGUCCAAUGACAGGUCUCAUGAUAUCGUCAUAUUUUGUCAUCAACCGAUCCAAAAUCAAGGUUCACGACCUCUUUGUCGGAAACAGUUCCAGUAUCUACUGGUACACAAUGGGCGUGAAUUGGCGUGCCGCAGUAGCAUGGCUUUGCGGCACAGCGCCUUCUCUUCCUGGAUUUGUCGCAUAUGUCAACACUAAUGUGACUGUUCCAAUCGGCUUGACACACUUGUACUAUAUUUGCUUCUUAUCUGGCUUUGUUAUCAGCUCAGCUGUCUAUAUUGCGCUUCACUUUGCGUUCCCUGACAGAUCUAUUCAGGAUUUCAUCAAGACUUCACCCUCUGCUGAAACUUUGAUGAAGAAUUAUCGGGCUCAAUGGGAUGAGGGUGUCGAAGUUACGGAGGUGAUUAAUGAAGAGAUGAAAUUUUGA